GAAAACGGAAACGCUUUUACUCCAUUCUCUUCCACAAUGUCAGAGUUUAAUAAGUAGAAUUCAAUAUAAGUUGAAUUUAAAAGUUGAAUGAGCUCUUAAUGCCCAUGAUCAUUUUACUCCUUUUCUGCGAGAAAAGAAUUCUUUCCAUCCAAUCAGUCUUAAAGAGAUUAACUCUUAGAACUUCCUACCAUUUCCUUAGGGUAAUAUCCAGUUAAGCUAUCUCGGUUGUUAAUUACAGCUAUUUGCAGUUAUCAGUUUCUCAACAUUAGUCGGUGACGUGAAAUGCAUGUUUAUCCUAACGAAAACGUGUUCUUUGCAAGAGAGCCAUUUAGAAAAUUGCGUUACCCAAUAUUUUAUCGAAAAAAAUGCAGCUUUUCAUCAGUUUCUCUGUCGCGCUAAUUAAUCACAUAAAUUGCGAUUUAUUCGUGUUCUUUUAUUUCAUCAUUCUACCUAUUUAUUUCGUUAUCUAGCUCGUUGUAUCACUAAAAAACUGCAAGUGGAAUAUAGUCCGCUUGGUUGUCAGAGUUGCAUUUCGAUUAAACGUUAAUAAUUCGACAACUUGUUUACAUGUGCCUGACAAUAUCGCAAUGUGCCUAUAUGCUUUGCGCUUGUGGACCGACGUGCUUCUGCAAUAAUGUGUAUGUACUGGAACCACCUGAAUGCUUGCGUAUUAAGGGAAUGUGAGCUAUUCGAUAGCAAGUGGAUAUGUAGUUUACGUUACCAUGUUGUUUAUAUAACGUGCUAUUAAUAGCUAAAGUACUGAAAUUAAUAUAGAUCCGAACUGGAAAGAGACAACUUUCGAGGAGCAGUGCAAAAUGAUAGCUUUGCAAAUAAAAUAAAUAACGGACAUUUAUCAUUUUAUUCACUGUGCGCGCAGCAAGUAAUUAUCGCAUUACUUAAACGAUUAUUAAAAAACUUAUCGCACAAUGUGAACGUAACGAUGAUUGUUAUAAUCCGAGCAGAUGAACAUUCAAUAUCGGCAAACACUCGAUAAAGAAACUUAAUAUUCAGCAUUAACAGUCGCGUUCAGAGGAAAUUACUCGAUUUAGAUAACUAACGGGUCUCGUCGUCGUUGAAGGGUCGCGCCGGCAUGAUUUUGUAAAAUAAUAUUCGCAAUUGCGCGCAUAUCCAUACUUUCAUGAAGCUAAAUGGCGUAAUAUUGAUCGGAACGUAACGCCGCACUAAUUAUUAAUCAGCCAUUAUACAGUCGCACGUUUCAACGAGCGCAAAUCGGCAGCCGCAACCGCAUGAUGCUCGAGAAUUCAUCGUCAUUCAUGCGUCCAUGAUCGACGGAAGUAAUCCUCUUAGAUCACACGCGAGAUCGGCGAUAAUGAUUCGACCAUGCUCGCCAUCCCCGCGUCUCUCCGUCUCUCCGUCUCUCCGACGUUGAUACUUCCGUCGGUUGCAGAAGUAACGGCCCGCUUUGCGCGCAUACCCUCUCGUCAAUCAUCUCGAUUAUUUGAAUCGCAUCCGCGUAAUUAUCGGCGCAUCCGCACGAGCCAAAGGGGAGGCGCCGAUCGAUGACACAGAUUCGACAACGUUUCUGUCAGCACAUAAGCGUAUCGCGCGCGUAUCGGUCCCAACUGCUCACGAGCGCGCCGCCCCGAAGCGAGCAAACAUUUUCGAUACAUCGAUCAGAUGUGGGUGGUUUUUUUCCCUUUUUCGCUCGCUGCAGCGCUGAUGCAGCCGCGUUGUGUAGCGGCAUCAGCAUCAGCGAUAGUCGUUGAAUGUACAAGCGACUAGACGAAAGCAGGCGGUUUCCCGGCAUGUGCGUGCGUCACGUGCCAUCAGUAUCGCUAAUUGCGCCAGCCAUUAAGGAUCCUCCAAUUUGCACAAUGCACGCUCGUUACGAUUAGCGACUCCGUGUUGGCCGUGUAUUUAAAGUGUCGUAUAUCCGUCCCGUGCGUCGAUACACGCUGGGAGAUGCUGCUUCCUCCCUUAGGCCGCGCGCUUAGGGGUGGCGACGGUCAAUCGACAGCGCGCUGAUAAAUAUACUCGACGCCGGAUUCGGCUUGUCACGCUGCACUGUCGCGGCCGUAUAAAUUAUUUUUCCGCAUCGGACAUAUCAGUGGGAUGUGUCCCUAGACGGGUGAGGGGUGGAUGAGAGGAAAUGCGAUAGCAGAUGAUUAUUCAUGCACAGUCGGAUUCUGAUUUUCUCUUUUCUCGAGCUGCAUGCGGAGAUGGCGACCCGAACGCAUUCAUCACGGCAGAACUUGGGAUAUUCAGGACUCAGGAGUCUGUCUGGAAAAUGCGAUUGCGAUCAGUAGCGAUUACUCUCAUUAGGCAUGGUCUCGCGAAAUUCUCUUUAAAUUCAAAUAGCAGCAAUCGAAUUUUGCGCGACGUAGGCGCUACGUUGAAACGAGCCGUGAACCUAUUGUGGGAAAUAUUUUGAACCUAACGUGUAGAUGUAUUUUUGUUACAAUACGCCUGAAAUGGAACAGGGACAAAUAAACGAUCGGCCUAAUAUUGUUUUCGAGAGAGACAGCAGUUGAAAAUAAUGAGCGACAGAUGAGAGUCCGCGAUGAGAAAACGCGUUUAUCGAUUAUUAAAUAUAUAUUAUAUUUUAAUAAAACACCUACAGUAUUGUGAUACUGUUGCGACUUGCAUUCCUUAAACUGAUGUGAAAAUAUAUUUAAAAUGUUAAUUUAAAACUACUAUUUACACGUGUACCUUACACACGCGUGACUAAUAAAGUUGUUGCGUUGCUCUGAAACAAGCACGAACAGCUUUUGUAACAUACACACGGGAAAUCGUAAAAAUACACAUGACACUUAAUUUAUUCCACUGUAAGAUACACGUUGCAUUUUGAUGGCGAAAUCGCGCAUAUGAUUAACGCGUGCAGAGAUUACAUGAAUUUUAUACGAGAAAAAUACCCUUUCCCUCUCUCCCUUCCUCCCUUUCUCUCUAUCUCUCUUUCUCUUUGGGCUCUUUUUACAUUAGCUAUGCGAAUCGUGUGUAUUGCAACGUGCCAUUAAUGGCUUUUGGAAUGUUAAUUUUGAACUUGAUUACAUGCAUAAUUUUAAUGCAAAUGAAUCCAUUAAGAGAAGACGUAGCACGAUAAGAGUUUUUAUGUUCAUUUUCGUCUUUGAUGUGCUCGAGGAGCGAGCCUGAUUUCCCGAUAAUUAACUUUAAUCUUACAAGCAUAAAGAACAAAAUGAGAGAGUUCUUUUUCCAACACACCAAGUCAUUUAUUUUUUAAUCAAUUGUGCAUCUCUCAUGAAUCGGUCAUUUAUUUUGCUAAUGAAUUUAUGAAGCAUGAGGCUGCACAACUCGAGCGCAAAUUAAUUGAUACGACAUUUGAAAUCGCAGUGAAUUUAAUAAUUAAUUCACGUUCCUUGCGAUUCGAAGAUAAAUAAUAUAACGAGCAUUCGAGUGAAUAGAUUCUCCUCGUCAUCUUCAGAUUACUUGCUGAAGCGAUUAAUGUCAAGUCGCGUGAUAUCAUUGGCUUCAUUAGACCAGGAGUCUAAUGAAUAACGUCGCCGAGCGUGUUUAUAUAAGCCUAAUUUUUCCACGUGCAUUCGAGAGAUCCCGACGUUAUUAAAAAACGCUAAGCUGAAUCGGGGAAAAUCCACGAACGGAAGAAACGCCGCUAACAAGUGCUCGCCACCGAGAAGGAGUCAUCGACGCGUUCGCCGUGCGGCAAAAGUGCGUGCACGUACGCUCGCAAGUACGCGAGCGGAAUUAGAGUGCAGACGUACAUUGCUACCCCCGUGCGUUUUAAUUAUGGCCGUUCCAGGCCGCUCGUGCACGUCUCGCACGUCCGCGCGCGCGCCCGGGAAUACGGCACGCCAUUUCACUCGAGAUUAUUCCUCCUAAUUAUUUUAAUUGCUCACGUUUACGGGACACGCUGCGACAGACUGCCCGGCGAGCGCAGUCCGGCGCGGAAAUGUCCGCGCGAGACGUGAUUAUCACGGAAAUAGAUAUCAUUUAUGAAUGCAACGGUCGCUGUUUUCUCUCGUACCUUACGCGCCUCCGGUAAUUAGCGGUCUCUGCGAAACAGGCUCGCACCUACUUGUUUAAUAAAUCAACUGUCUGCGCUUGGUGCUUGGUAAAUAUAAUGGUUUAUCGAUCAAUACGAGAGAGCGUGAGAGGGGCGUUCCAUUCGAUGUAUGUACAAGAAAGUGCAGAAAGAAACGCAGAUUUAUCGCGGUUGUAAUAUCGACUGUGAUGGCCGAUAAAAUCCUCAGCGUCUCCCGAGUUACGCAGCGGCAAUAAAGAUGCCUUGCCGGAUGCAACAAUACGCUUCGCGGGAGGAGAUAAAAUUCCGAUUAUAUCAGCGCAAAACUUCCUUUACCGUCGCGCGUCACCUUGCAGAAGCCGCACUCUCUUGUGCAAGAGAAAUAUUUUUCUCUUUAGCUUGCCGAGCGCGCGUCCGAGCCGUAUUUUAUCGUUGAUGCAGCUGCAUCGCAGUGUCGCGCGGAUUUUAUGCAUCGCGCCGAGCUUUACUCGCGCGCGCGCGGUAGUGAAACGCGCGGAUUCACGUAAUGACAUUUCGAUCGUCCCGAAGAAGAACGAUCGUUCUCGACGAUCGCUUCUCAUCAACGAGCGUCUUCUCGCGUUUCUUGUACGUGCGGCUGGGUAUGCGGCAUCGUACCCCUUGCAAACCGGGAGGGAGGGGUUCCUCGCGAUCCCUCUGGAGACCGGUGAAACAUUUUUCGUCGUCGGCUCAUAAAUAUCCCAUCUCACCCUCGCAACCCUUCCUCUUUUCUUUCCACGGAGCCGUUCUUCUUCGGGCCGCCCAAGCGCGGCGACAUAAAGGGAUCGCGCGCACCUUAGAGCGCGAUUUUCUAGCGAUGGGGGCCCGGUGCUGGCCCGGUGACUCGAUUCAUGGGUUUACUAUCUGAUCUACGGGCUUCUUUCGCGCGGAAAUCCGCGCGUCUCGGGCAUAUAAACAGGGGGCGGCUAUUGGAGUAGCGUCGGGGUGUAUUCCCGGGGGUGUUUAUAGGUGUUAUCGGUGAUUUUCGUUCGUCGCAUUAUCGGAUGCACGAGAAAUCCCCCGCGACUCGCAAAACGUGGCGUCGUUACUCCGUCAUACUUGCCGGAAGCGUCAAGCACGCGACAAGCUAAAGCACCUUGUGCCUGUACGCUGAAACAGACCACUUGCUGAUGAAGAUCAAAGCGUUCUGCGCUCUGGAUCAAUAGCUACCUUUGCUGAACUUCCGCAAAAUACUCGCACCGGCGAGAUGUUUGUAUCAAUCGCAUCUUUAAUUAUUCUUAAAUUAGUAAAUAUAACUUUUUCUAUAUUUUGCUAUAGUUUUUCUCUUGAAAUUCAAUUUCUGAUCGUAACCCAGAAAUCUUAUUCUGGGAACCUUAAUCCGGAAUAUUCAUUCAUUUAUGGGAUUAGGUAACCCACCGUUACGAGGUAAAUUCAAAUCAAUUCUAUUAGUAUCUAUGUAAUAAACGAAGGAUUCGAACGGCAACAGGGGUAAAUGAAUAUUUUAUCAGUCGCUUACGGAUUCAAACAGAUUAAUUCGAAAGUGUAGAAAUUGUCGUAAUUUUUGCUGAUUACCAUUAUUUCUCGACGUACUCGCGUGCAAAAUUUAUUCCGCACUCUGCCUGUACCCGCUGUCUCCAUAAAUCCCGCGAGAAGAGUCUCUCGCUCAGUCUCUUUACUCUCGAAAAUAUCUCGCAGCGUUUUCUUUUAGUUUCCCCUUUCUUCUCCCGCGACUCUGCUGCCACUUCGCGUUAUCCUGAAAUUACAUUCGAUGCGCAUUACCGGGCGUCUUCCGCAAAAUCAGUUUCCGUCCGUUCGACGCUGUUUCUAUACAAAGUGAACGAGCGGCGAAGGCCCCACGCGGCCUAUGCCGCCUGUGAUUUCACGUCUCUCUCGCUCAUUCUCUCUCUCUCUCAAGGGAGUUUCCGGCUUUCCUUUACGACGGCUGCAUGCGGUGGUCGUGUAAUGAAGUGCCAGACAGUGCCUCGAAGUCGUUUACAUCGGAACUCGACAAAGUUCCCGAAAAGGGUCGGCGAUGUCGACCGACCUCGAGGAGUCCGCCGUCUCCCCGCCGAUUUCAUGGCCGGAAAGAGACGACGACUGGUCUACUACUACCACUACUCUUUGUCAGCGAGGCGCAUAAUUAUAAAAAAAGGAAAGGUACGAAAAAGGACAAGCACGAACGGAAUGAAAGAUGUUCCAGAACUUGAUCCGUGCGGCUUUGAAUUACGCGCUUCUGCGAUACUCGUCGACGUUGAGUCAGCGCGAAGUUUUUAAAUAGCGGUGUACAGGAUUGCAUAGGGCUCAGAGUCCCUCUGGUCGCGCAAAGUCACGUCUGACUUUAUAACGAGCACCAGCUCGGAAAUCAGAAAUAUCCCUUUUCAGCUCGAUGUGACUCUUUUAACCCUUUUUGCGCGACGUUAUCCGCUCGUAAUAUCGAUGCGCGCGCGCAUUUACAUUACGAAAUUAAAUUUGGUGCAUCUUUGAGCUACCUUGGGAUUCUGAAAAGAAUAAAGCUCGGAAAAGUAGCGCACACGAGAUCUUCCUUGACCUCCUUUACCUCCUUUACCGCCUUUUUUUCAGGUACUUAAUUUGCCGCAAUUCUCGGAUGCGUACAACACGUUGCUUUGUUACACGUGUAGUGUGCGAGUACAGAGGAUUAAAGGUUUAAAAAUAAAUUGCAUUUCUGUUUUGUUCGUGUUCAGAUUCGCAUUUACUGAUAUGGGUAAGCCUUUUCCAAAAGCGCUUUCGACAAUUUUUGGCUGGGUAUUUACGCAACUGCGAAAAUUGAAUAAUACACAAUUACUCGUUAUGUAAAAAUGUGUUUUGCAAUUGCCGAAAUAUUAUUUUACUUACUGAUUAAGCGGUAUGAAAUUACAAUUUGCAGCUUACAACGCAGUGUAAUGUUGUUACCUUUGUUGUUCACCGUGCACCUCGUUAUCACUCGACGUGCGUGCGUUUGUUUAAUUGUGUAACGCGGCCGUAAUACUUAUUUAACGAAACGUUGAUGAAUAUAUGUAGGUACUAUCAAAGUGAGUUCGAGUUUUAUAAAGUGCGAUAAAACAUGCGCCAUUAUCGGAUAUUUUUACAUUUUAACAUUUACGCGAUUAUCGAAUGCGUAAAAAAACCGAGCAACCAAAUAGUGUUUGAAUGUACUUUUCUUUGAAUCCCCUUUCGGAAAGCUAAUAAUGUUAGUGCAGUGGCAGGGAACUUUUUAAAAUAAAUGUUAAAGUGUCCACGUAGUUCUUCGAGCUUAUCCAAAGUUGGACGGAGUGGAGUAUUCUUCGGCGAAAUCUAGAUACGAAAGUUCGCGCGGCAAAUGGAAGGAAUGUCAUGAAUUCUGGUGGAAUGUGCUACCUGUCGACGAUCGCCUGCAAACGCAACAGAUGCCGCCCAUCACUGCGGAAACGAGAUACCGCAGUUUCUGAAUAAGAUAUACGAAAAUCUUUGACAGCUUGAAAAUUGGUCAUUUCGUCAUGCCUAUUCCGAGAGAAGCAGCCGACUGCUUGGUACCAACGAUCUUACGUUUCUCGAUCAACCGGAAGUUUCAAGAGAAAGUAUAACUAUUCGUUACCUGCUUGUGAGUCUCUCUCUCUCCCUCUCUUUCUUUCCCUCUCACCUCCUCUUUCCCUCUCUCCCUCUCUCCCUCCCUCUUUCUCUUUCUCUACCUGUAUCUCUAUCUCUUUUGUUUCUCGCGCAACGCCAAAUGAUUAUGCGACGGCUUCCGCGCUUCGAACUUUUAGCAACUUCUGAAAACAUUACUUCGCAAAAGUUGGCGAGAUAAACUUACCGGUGUCGCCGGACGCAGCUCAUAGGACUCGGCGAGUUGCGAGAAAGAACUCGAGACUGAGUUCCGCAGAGAGGAACAGAGAGAGAGAAAGAGAAAGAGAGAAUCGCACCAUCCCCACGAACGAGGGCUAAUAAUCCGGGAAGUUAAUUACGGCAGUAAACUGCGAGGGGGUUGUUUGACUACCCCAUCGCUCUGAGGGUGGUUGACAUAAGGUGGCCUCGUUACACCAGCUAUGCCCAGUUUCCGCCAACGUCCUUCGACAACACGAUCGCACAUCGUGAAAAGCGAUUCUCGGAGCUCGCGAGAAUUAACAGCGUGCCGCGCCGAAAAUCAUGCGGAAAAUCAAGCGUGCACCCCCUCCGAUAUACAACGUGAGCGGGCUUUAAUUAGAUGAUGGGAGCGCGCGGCGACGGAAAUUGGCUCUCGUCACGAGAGGACGCGAUUCCAAACAGCUAUCAUUUUUGAGAUCAGCGAGAUAAUCGCGUUCCGAUACCCCGUCAUUAACUCGCCUGUUCGGGGUGCUUUAUUACUUGCACGAUGCGAAAUUGUGUUUUGUUCAUACGUCGUUUAUUUUUCUUUUUUGUUUUGCGGAAAUUGAUAAGAACGCGAGUCGAUUUUUGUAUUAAAUACACGUGUGUCUUAAAUAUGGAAUAUAUUUCGAGAUUACGUAUAAAUAAAUGUUUGUCGCGAUGUCUAUGCGUGUUAAAAAACGCGCUUUAUUUAUUAAUUUGUUGCCUUAUAAAGAAUAAAAACGCGAGCGCACGGGCAAUGUUCGCACAGAACAAACCAGUUGCAGCGCUGCAAUGUUAAUUAAAAAUAACUUAAUGUGUUUUGCCGCCAAAUAUUACACGUACGAUAAGCUUAAUCGAGUGAAGAUGGAGCGCUUAUGUGUUUCAACACAUUUCCCGGGGGUAUGCUAACAUGCUAACAUAAUGAUAAAUAACGUCACGGAGCAAAACAAAAAUUCGAAUGAAUUCCUACGGAAGCAGGACGGUGAGAAUAAUUCCGCUAAUAAGAAUGAUGUAUCAUCUCGACGAAAUUGUCUUUAUCGUCCGUCCGGAUAAUGAAUGAAUUAAGUUGGCUAUAAGCCAUGAAGAAAAUUACCCGUAUAAAUAACACCCGGAGAGAGACAAAACUUCACGGUAGUAGUCGUAUGAGAAUUCUUGCUGACGGUAAUAUUUCCCGACCGUCUCGCUGCACUCGUAACAGUAAAUUUUUCCGCGGAAUGCGGAAAUGUUCCUGUGUUCCCUGGAGACUGCGUUUUUAAUACGCGCCCAAUUUACGCAUUAUCGCCGUAUUGCUUCUUCUCGCCUUUAUGAAACCGGAUUUGCGAUUUCGCGCUCCGUAGUUCUAACGUUUUUAUUUCUUAAAAUUUAUUUAAGGAACAGAAAUAUGGUUGAAAGUCUCCACACUUGUAUUAUACAAAUUUUCAAUUGCAUCUUUAUCACUUACAGAUAACUUAUUUCUUCAAUAAGCUUCAAUUAUUUCGCUUUUUUUCGCCUAAUUGAUUAAGAGGCUCUUUACGAGACUAUACAGGACUUUUUAAUUCAAUUUGACGUGAUCUGUGGGCGAAAGGUUUUUACCCUUAUGUGAAAUACCCUGUAUAAGAUCUCUAUUUAUCGGACAAUUUGCCAAAGAGAUGUGUAACAAGGAAACUCAUACAUUCGCAGCAAAAAUGAUCAUACAUUUUUAUCGGAAGAUCAUGCAGGAUUCGUCCAGAAUAUCACACUUUUCCAUUUAUCGGACAAUUUGCCAAAGAGACGUGUAACAAGGAAAACGAUACAUUCGCAACAAAACUGCUUGUACAAUUUUAUCGGAGAAUCCUGCAGGAUUCGUGCAGAAUGUCACUUUGUAGAAAAAGGUUUCUAAAAUUUUCCGUACACUUGAUACUUUUUCCUUGUUGCUCUGUUUAUCCGAUUCAUCCACUGUCCAUCAAAUGUCGAGUAAGAAUAUUACUCGACAUUUGAAAAAUAUGAGAAGCGAAUUGUCAAGCCAUGGACAAUAAUAUCUUUCAAUGUACGAAGAAAUACCACUCCAUUGCAUCUUUUUUCUGCCUCGAAGAAGGGCACGAAUUUCCGAUUAUAUGAAAAUUUUUUACCGCAUCCUCUGCAUAAUGUAACUUACACCCGUAGAAUGAUGUUACUUUAUCGCGGAACAACGUUUGCUUCAAAGGCGGUACCGCGCCAUUGAAGUUCGCAGGUAUAAAAGCGAGAAAUUUUCAUAAUUCUCCGCUGAAUAUUCGACACGGGUGUAAGAGGUGAUGAAAGAUAGAAAAAGCUCUCCAACGAUGUCCAUACGAUAGUGGGAAAUUUAUUCUCGAUAGAAAGCUCGGUGCGCGGCCGCGCGUGCGAAUGUUAAAUUGGCCCUCGGUGCGGCGGUGCCGUACUUACAAGAAAGUAAGAAAUGCGAGUGGCGAACGCGCACCCCCGUGUAAUUAGGGGUAGGCCGCGAUAGCAGGUACGAGGGUAACACGCAUAAACGCCUCGCACACGCGAAAUGGUGCGGUUCUGAAUGUUUGCCAUUUUUCAAGUGGCCGCAACUCGAAGAAUCUUAUCGGCGUUCGCAAAGGUAUAAGGCGCAAUAAGGUAAGGUCAAUACCUUUUCGCAGGAAACUGCAAAUCUCUUCCUGUCUAAGAGAGCAAGUUAUAAUAACGCGCAGGUUCUGAGCGAUUCCGCGAAUCUCUCUCAAGUGGCCGGCAAAAUCGAUUCCCGUGCACGUCAAUGCAUCAUCAAGAGAAACCGGCGCCUCGCUCCGGGGAGAUCUCUCGCCGCGUUGCGUCGGUGGAAUCUGCUGCAGCUCGUUUUGAAAUGCAACAUUAUUUUGUGAUUUCAAACGCGAUAUUGCGAUACGCCGGCGAUACAUCAUGAAACGUGCAGCACGUGUAAAAUGUUUUAUGGAACGGCAUCGAUUACCUCAAGGCGAGUUAAGCAGUGAUACCCGAGCAAAUAUUGCAUCAAGGUAUCUCUCAUUCCGUAUAAGUAUACAAAUUAAAGAUAACAAAACUGGAAUAAUUUCACGUGCUGUACACGUGAUAAGUAUGGCGAAUGAUUCCUUCAUCUCGCUCCUAUGAAUGUUGUGUUUAAAUACAAGUAUACAGAUUAAAGAUAACAAACUGGAAUAAUUUCACGUGCUAUACACGUGAUAAGUAUAGCGAAUGAUUCCUUCUUUUCAAACAUCUCGCUCCUAUGAAUGUUGUGUUUAAAAACUAAUACUAAACUCCGCAAUAAGUUCUACAUUUCUCAGUUGUUGUGUAAAACUUUAACGCCAGGAAUAUUUCCGUGUAAUUAACACAGCUGUGUUUGCAAAUGAUGCAAAAGAAUUGCAUAAGAAACCUUCUGUUAUCAAUUGACGUAUUUACGAAGAAUGCAAGUUAUCGUAUUAUUAUCAAUUAGUCAUUCCUGUGCAACUACGGGCUUAUCAACUGCAAGUGAUAAUAUACAAAGAACACAUCUGUUAUUGAGAAUUUUUCAGAAGCUCGUAAUAUAAAAGCGCACGAAUCAAACAACCGAGUAAAACAGUCACAAUGUUUCAUCUGAGCAUCUGCGUCACAGCACUGGUCGCUCUGACCAGCUCGGUUUCCGACGCGAAGACGGGCAAGGAUUGGUACAAGAACAGUCUGGUGUACCAGAUCUAUCCGAGAAGCUUCAAGGACAGUAACGGGGAUGGCAUAGGCGAUUUAAAUGGCAUUACGAGCAAGCUGGAGCACAUCGCCGACAUCGGCGCGGACGCGUUAUGGAUGUCGCCGAUCUACACCAGUCCGCAGGUAGAUUUCGGCUACGACAUCGCCAACUUCACCGACAUCGACAAGGAUUACGGUACUCUGGCUGAUUUCGACAAACUCGUGGCAAAGGCGAAGUCUCUCGGGCUGAAAGUAAUUCUCGAUUUCGUGCCGAAUCACAGCUCUCACGAACACGAGUGGUUCAAGAAGAGCGUGCAACGGAUCAAGCCUUACGACGAGUAUUACGUUUGGCGUGAUGCAAAAAUGGUCAACGGCACCAGAAGGCCACCGAACAACUGGUUGAGCGUCUUCCAAGGCUCCGCCUGGGAAUGGAACCCCACACGAAAGCAAUAUUACCUACAUCAGUUCGCCAGUGGCCAGCCGGAUCUCAACUACCGUAGCGCCGCGUUGCAACGAGAGAUGAAGAACGUGUUGAGCUUCUGGAUGAAUCGGGGCGUGGAGGGUUUCCGCAUUGAUGCCAUCAACCACAUGUAUGAGGACGCGCGUUUUCUAGACGAACCCCGUGGAAAUGUCCCGGGAUUGCCUGACGACGACUACGACACGUUGGAUCACAUUUAUACGAAGAAUCUCCCCGAGACUUACGAGGUACUCAAGAGCUGGAGGGAGCUGAUGGACAAUCACUCGAAGGGGAGUGACACGAAAAUGAUCCUGACUGAAGCCUAUACCGACUUCAAUCUCACCAUAUUAUACUACACGUCCGGCUCGACGGUGCCAUUCAACUUCAUGUUCAUUGCUGAUCUAAACAACAAGUCCAGUGCGGCUGAUUUCAAACGCUUGAUAGAUCGUUGGAUAAAUCAUGUACCUGCUGGUCCUGCAUACGUCGCGAACUGGGUGGUGGGCAAUCACGACAAUCAUCGUGCGGCUUCGAGAUUUGGCGUGAAACGUGCCGAUCAGCUCUCCAUGCUGGCGACCGUUUUGCCCGGCGUGAGCGUGAUUUACAAUGGCGACGAGAUCGGCAUGGUCGACAGGAAUUUCACGUACGCGGAAACCGUGGAUCCCGCUGGAUGCAACGCUGGACCGGACAGGUAUCACCUGAAAUCUCGAGAUCCGGAGAGGACGCCGUUCCAAUGGGACAACACCAUCAGCGCCGGUUUCUCCACUAGCAACAAAACGUGGCUUCCGGUGAACAGCAAUUACAAGACUCUGAAUUUGGCGGCGCAAAAGAUCGCGUCCGUCUCCCAUUACAAAGUGUUCAAGUCCUUGACGCGAUUGAAGAAGAAACCCGUCAUCGAGCGGGGCUCCCUGGAGACCGUGUUGGUCACAGAGAAGAUCUUGGGGGUGGUACGACGGCUCGACCGAUCCGUCGUGGCGCUCAUGGUUAACUUCGCCGACACGCCGGUCACCGUCGACGCCAGGACUUGGAUGAAUAUUCCAGAGCAGUUGAUCGUCUAUGCGCCCAGUGUGCACUCCAAGUUGCGUGCAGGAUCGCGCGUUAACACGGCUUUCAUUACCGUGCCCGGCUCGGCCACCGUUGUGCUCACCACUCCAGAAUUGGUUUAGUAAAUUCCUGCCUAUCUCGUGCUCAUGGAUAACUCGCCCGUAGCGCAAACUUUCGCGAAUCUAUAUCUGUAGAUGUAUACAGAGUCAUAUUCUGCUGGCAGAUCGUCUUUCAUGAGAAUGAGACUAGAUAUGAAGGUGUAACAGGACGUAAUAGAGAGUAAAUUUGUAGAUGUUGUCAUCCUGUCGAUUAUUUAGUUGCAAGUAACUAUUGUGAUAGUAUAUAAAUUAAUGCUUAAUCUGAUUAUUUACGUAUAUAUUUAUAAAAUUUGUACUUUUAGUGGAAUAAAUUUUACCUAAGCAUAAA